AUGGAUGUAACCCAAAAUAUAAAGUUACUUUUUCUUUUGUUCUUUUUACAUUGCGUAUCAUCAAAAGAUCAAACAACUGUAAAGGUAAAAAAUUAUUAUAAAGAAAAUGAAUCUUUACACACACAUAAGAAAAAGUCUGAAGAACUGAGUAAUAAUGAAUAUGGGAUUCUUCAUUCAGCUUAUAAAAGAAUUGUUGGAUAUGCUCAAAGGAAAUUAGAAGAUAUAUUUCAUGCAACUGGAGAAAAUAUAAAAGAAAAGGAGGAUAAAAAUAAGGAUAUGUUAAAAAGUGAAAGGAUGGUGCUAUAUCAAAAUAAUGAUGGUGAACAGUUAGAGAAUUUAAUUGAUCCCAUAAAAAAUCUGGAAGAAAAAAAUAAUUUGGAGAAUUAUUAUGAUAAUAAAUAUGAUAAUAUUAAAUUUGAAGUAGGAAAUAAAUAUAAUCAUUUAAAAUAUAUGAACACAACAAAUUCUGAUAAUGAUAAAAGAUUUAAUAAUUAUUAUUUUGCAGAUAAUAAAUUUUUUGUUCGAGAUAAUAUAGAACAAGAUGAAAAUGCUUUCUUAAAUAAAUCAAUUAUAGGGAAUAAAGAUAUGGAAAUAUCCAAAAAUUAUUUUGAAAAAAAUAAAUUUAUUGAUACUUAUUCUUCGUAUGAAUGUGGAAAGAAGAUAAAGGAAAUGAAAUGGAUUUGUACAGAUAACCAACUUAUAAGUAAUAAUUUAUGUGCCCCAAUAAGACGAAUACAAUUAUGUAUUGCGAAUAUUAUAUUAUUUAGUGAAUAUAAGGGUGAAGAUAUAUAUAAGAAUAAUACUAUAAAUAAUAAGUUUAAAGAAAACAUUUUGAAAGCUGUAAAAUUGGAAUCAAAUUUGUUAGUACAUAAACAUAAUAAUGAAUAUAAUUCGAAAUUAUGUGAUGAUAUAAGAUGGAGUUUUUCAGAUUAUGGAGAUAUUAUAAUUGGAAGAGAUCUUAUUUAUAAAAACAACACGGAUUAUAUAAAAGAACAAUUUAAAAAAAUAUUUAAUAAUGAAAAUAAUAAGGUAUUAAAUGAUGAAGAGAAUAUAAAGUUACGAAAAGAAUGGUGGGAAAAAUACAAGGAAGAUAUUUGGGAAGAAAUGACAAAAGAACAUAAUGAUAAAUUUAUUGAGAAAUGUAUAUAUGUUGUUAAGGAUGAAUUACAAAUUGUUCGAUGGAUAGAGGAGUGGAGUAAACAAUUUAUUGAUGAAAAAGAUUAUAUGUUAUUUAAUUUGAGAAAUACAUAUAAUGAAAUGAAUAUAAUACAUGAAAAUGAUUGUAAACAAUAUAAUAAAUGGAUAGAAAAUAGGAAAAAAGAAUGGACAUUUUUAUCAAACGAGUUCAAUAAAAUGUUUCCAGACAAAAAUGUGCAAAUUUAUAUAUCAAAUAUAUUCAAGGAUUAUACAGAAAAUAAUGUUAAUAUGAUAUUUGGGAUGUUGGAUUAUGAAUAUAAUAAUAUCUGUAAAGACAAACCUGAAUUAUUAUCUAUUGCCAAGUAUGAUCUGAAAGCUCCAAGUGUUAAACCCGCUAAAAAAUACAAAUCUAAGGAUCAUGAAGAAUCAGAUGCGUUUGGUUGCAAAACAAAAAUCAGUGCAGUUAAAAAAAAAUGGAAUUGUUAUAAUAAUAAAAAUGUCACUAAGCCUGAUGGUGUAUGUGGACCACCAAGAAGGCAACAAUUAUGUCUUGGACAUAUAUUUAUGAUUCAAGAUGGUAAAGAGGAACAGUUAAAAGAUCAUCUUAAUAAGGCAGCCUAUUAUGAGGCAAUGUUUUUAAAAGAGAAACUUGAAAAAUCUGAUGGUGAUAAAAUUUGCAAUGGUAUAUUGGGAAGUUAUGCAGAUAUUGGAGAUAUUGUAAAAGGUUCUGAUGUGUGGAGAGAUGUAAAUACAAAUAAAUUGGAAGACAAAUUCAAAAAAGUUUUUAUCGUUGGUGAUUCUAGGAACAAACAAAAAGAUAUCGAACGUGAUAAAUGGUGGGAAAAAGAAAGGGAUUUAAUAUGGUCUAGUAUGUCAAAACACAUUCCAAAUGGAAAAACAUGUAAAAGUCAUAUUGAUUUUGAGAGUACUCCUCAAUUAUUGAGAUGGUUAAAAGAAUGGGGUGAUGAGUUUUGUGAGGAAAUAGAUACGGAAGUCAAGAAAUUAGAGCAAGGAUGUAAAAAUAUAAAUUGUUGGGAAAGAAAAUGUAAAAAUGCAUGUAGUUCGUAUGAUAACUGGAUAAAGGAACGAAAGAAUGAAUAUAAUUUGCAAUCAACAAAAUUUGAUAGUGAUAAAAAAUUAAAAGUGUAUAGCACAUUUUAUGAUAAAUUUCAGGAUUCUAAAGCUUAUUUAAGGCAAGAAUCAAAACAAUGUUCAAAAGUAGAAUUUAAUGAUGAAACAUUUACAUUUCCUGAUAAAUAUAAAGAGGCUUGUAUGAGAUGUAUAGAUCCAUCAUCUUCAAAAGCUGUUAAACCUAUAAAACCGAAUGUGGUGCCUAUAAAGGAAUCAAAAAAAUCUGAUCCUCCAAGUUUACCAGAUAAAUCGAAAAAUGCUCCUAAUAGUUCUAAUGGGGGAAAUGAUCGAAAUAAAGAAAUAUCUAAAAGAGACGAAGGUCAUGGUCCUAAUCAAGUGAAAGAAGGAGAAAAAAAAGUGCCAAAUAUAGUUCCAGUUGUUAAAAAAGAAAAUGAAUUUACUCCUAAUGGAAGAAAUGGUGAAGAAAAAGAAAAAAGUAAAGUUGAUCAAUCUCCUGGUGUUAAUUCUAAGGAUAUAAAAGGUGAGAAAGCACAAGGGGAGGUAUCUGAACAUUCACCUAAAAUUGAAGAGAAGAUGGAAUCUGCUGAGUCUACACCAGUUGUUCAUAGAGAAACUGAAAGCAAUCAGCCUUCGGAUUCUAGAGAUAGUGAAGGAAAAGAAGCAAGUAAAGGUGAUCAAUCUCCUGUUAAUUCUGAAGAUAUAAAAAAUGAGGAACAAGAAGGGGAGGUAUCUGAACGUUCAUCUGAAAUUGAAGAUAACAGGGAAUCUGUUCCUUCUACAUCAGUUGUUAAUAUACAAACUGAAAGCAGUCAAUCUACUGAUUCUAGAGAUAGUGAAGGAAAAGAUUCAAGUAAAGGUGAUCAAUCUCCUCCUGUUAUUUCUGAAGAUAUAAAAAAUGAGGAAAAAGAAGGGCAGGUAUCUGAACGUUCAACUGAAAUUAAAGAUAACAGAGAAUCUGUUCCUUCUACAUCAGUUGUUAAUAUAGAUACUGGAAGCAGUCAGUCUUCUAAUUCUAGCGAUAGUGAUUCUACCGUAUUGAGUGGUGGAGAAUCUAAAGAUGUAAAUAUUCCUACUUCUGAAGGUGUUAAAGAAAAUGAAGAAGGUGAAACUGAAAAAGAUGCAAGUUCAAAAAGUAUUGAAAUUGAUCAAGCAUCACCUGAGCAAAAUAAUCAUAUUGAUUCAUCACAGAAUGUAAUUAAGGACUCUAAUCACCAGGAUAAGGAAAUAAUAAAUUCCCCUUCUACAGAAAAAAAUAUUGAAGAAAUUCAACAUAAAACAUCUGAUACUGAUGGUCAUGAAUCUAAAAUUGAAAGUGAAAUCGAACCAAAGGAGUCAAUGGAGGAAUCAUCUCUUAAUAAAAGAGAAAUCGAGAAUGCAGCUAGGGGUGAUCACAAACCUGAAUCAGUAGAAAGCGCUGAAAUUCCUCAAUCUCAGAUUCCUAAUUCUCAUAAUGGAGGUACAAUUGUUUCUGAGAGUCAGGUUCAGGAUUCUUCAGAAAACACUAUGAGUACUGAAUCUACACAUACUGAUAACAAGAAUUUUGGAACAAGUGUGGAUAUUCAACCUUCUCUUACUGAUGAUGAAAAGACUGUAUCGUCUGUUGGUGAUAGAGAUGCUGAAGAUAGAUCUAAUCUUAAUACAGAUCCUGAACAAAUUGAAAAGAAUAAAUCUUCUCAUUCUGACAAAGAAGAUAGAAGUGUUUCUGAAAAUGAGAUUCAGGAUCCUUUAGGAGGGGCUAUAAGUAUCGAAUCUACACAUACUGAUAACCAGGAUUUAAAAAUAAGUGUGCAUAAUCAACCAUCUGUUAUUGAGAAUGAAAAGAAUGGAUCGUCUGGUAGUGUUGGAGAUAACAACGAUAGAUCUAAUCUUAGUACAGACACUGAACAAAUUGAAAAUAAUACAUCUUCUCAUUCUGAUAUCCACCAUUCUAAUAAGGAGGGUAGUAGUGGUUCUGAAAGUUUGACUCAGGAUUCUCCUAUAGAUCAUUUGGAAGGUGUAACUCCCUCUAAUAUCGACAUGGAUCCAAAACAAAAUGAAGCAAGCCUUAUCACACCUGUUGAUCAGGUUGAUUCUUCGAUGGAAAGUGAAUUAGAAUCUGGAGGUAAAAUUGGGGAUUUAUAUAAAGGGGAUAAACAAUCUGAAAAUAUUUUAAAUAAGGAUAAGGAUGUUGUAGAGAUAGAAAAAGCUCCUGAUUCUCAUGCCAAUGAAUCUAAUACUCAUGAUGAAGAGGAUACAAGACGAGGUAUUAGCGAUGAUAGUAGUACUGUUCAUGAAAUUGAUUCUAAAGAGAAUUUACAUCAAGAAUCAUUAAUUUCUGAAAAAGGUCGUAAAGAAGGUAAUAUUAAAAAAGAGCCAGGUAAUGAAGAGGAUUCUUCAAUUUCUAUUUCCCAAGAAACAAUAAAUGAUUCUGAAGGAAGAGAAAAUAUAGAGGAUGCUAAGUUGUCAGAAAGAGGUGAUGAUAUUGAAAGUGAUAUAGGUAAUAUUGUAUCAGUAGAUCCUGAGAGCACUAUUAUUUCUUCUCCAAAUGGUACAGAAGGAAUAAAAAGUUCAGAAGAAUUAAAAUCUAAAGAAUAUACUUCUGUAGAUCUUAAUAAUAGGGGUGAAAAUAAUCAACAAGAAAAUUUAGUUUCCAAUUCCCCGCAACUUGAACCUGAAAGAGAAAAAUUAGAAAAUGCUGAUAGUUCUCAUGAAACUGAGGUAUCAAGUAUUUCUGAGGUUGGAGAAGCAAGCACAAGAUAUCAUAAAGAAAACAGUGAAACUGAUGAAGGAGAAGAAAGUGGAACAAAUCCUGAAGAAGGCAGUGUAACAGAUAAAGAACAAGAAAGCAGAACAAAUCAUGAAGAAGACAGUGAAACUGAUGAAGGAGAAGAAAGGGAAACAAAUCAUGAAGAAGGCAGUGUAACAGAUAAAGAACAAGAAAGCAGAAAAAAUCAUGAAGGAGACAAUGAAACUGGUGAAGUACAACAAAGCCUAGAAAAUAAUGAAGCCAGUGAAACUCAUGAAGAACAAAGUGCUAGUGAGAAAAUAAAAUUAAUUGAACCUACUAGUAAUAUGGUGCUACCAUCUACGCCAUUACAUGAAAGUGAUAAGGAAAAAUUAGAAAAACAUCAUGAUGAACCUAAUACAAAUGGAGAGUUAACCCAUACUGAUCAAAAUACUUCUCAAUAUAGACCUAGUGAAAGUGAGGAAGUAAUGACGAAUAAACCUGAUCAAAUGGAAAUGACAUCUGAACCAUCAUCACAAUAUAUUGAAAAGGGAAUUGAUGUAAUUGAUACUACAAAAAAUCAAUAUAUUGAUGAAGAAAGCAAUCAUAUAAUUCCUUUGGUUAAUAAAAAUAGUGAAGGAGAUCCUGUAACUAUUCCUCCUACAAGGACCGUUAUGGAAUCUGUAUCAUUAGAUUCAAGGAAUGAACAAAAAGUUGAAGAAAAUGAUGAUACACAUAUUACAGAUGACAAGAGGAAAGAUGAUACUAUUGUUAAUCUUUCUCAAAAUGGAUUAAAUGAACAUGGGGAAAUGUCUAAUGAUUCUAUUAAAAGUGAAACUAUAACUGAAUCAUCAUUAGCAGAUGAUGACCAAAUGAUUGAAGGAAUUGAUGGAAAAGGUAGUGAAAAAAAAAACAUUAUAGAUGCACCUCAAGAAAGUAGCAUUGAAGUAGGAAAACAAAUGGAAGGGCAUAUGAGUAAUGUGAAUACACCAGAAGAAUUAUCACCAGUUGCAGAUGAAAGUAAAUUACAAGAAGAAAAAGAAGGAAGUAAGGAUGAUGGGGAUAAACGAACUGUUAGCAAAGAUACAAUAGGUGUCGAAGAUCCUAAUAGAAUAGACGAACAUCAAAAUUUGGAGGAAGUGGAUGUACCAUCAAAUAAUGGAAAUACAAAUAAUACUUUAGAAGGAAGAGUUGAUACUGAGAAAAAGGAUGAACCAUCAAGUAAAGGAACUACAAAUAAUUCUUUAGAUGGAAGAACUGAUGAGGGGGAAAAUGAAAAGUUAGAUGAAAAUCCAGAAUCAAACUCUAGCAAUACAAUAUCUACUGAACAAAUUAAAUUGGUAAAGGAAAAAGAAAUUCAUGAAACUAAUGAAUUAGAUACACAUAAUGUAGAGCAAGAAGAAAUUAUUAGAAAUGAAAUACCUGCUGAAAGAAUGGACGAAGAAAAUUCGACUGAUAAUGAAAAGGAGCAAUUAAGUCCGGAAGAUGAAAUUAUUAAUAAAGGGGAAAAGGGAAAUUUAGAACAAAAUUUAAAUAUUUCUUCUGAUACCUUGGAAAAUUCUGCAGGUAAAGAAAAAGUUAAAAUAGAACAUACUGAUUCACCUGAGGAAUCAGAUUCUGAUAUGGAAGGAAUUUAUAAGCAUAAAGGAAUAGAAAAUCAAAUUACUGAAAUAGAAACAAGAUCUGUAGAAAAACAUGAUAUACAUAUUCCAGAAAAUUCAAAAGAAACUCAAGUUGACAAUUACAAGGCAGAUAUGGAAGAAGAAAAGGACGUAAAUAUAAAUCAAAUGAUUAAAGAAUCUGAAAAAGUAUCAGAUAUAAGUAGAGACACAACUGCAUCUCAUUCGGAGAAACCUAAUGAUGAAGAAUUACUUGUGAAUGUAGUAGAUUCAAAAAAUGCACAAAAUGAAGGUGAUUCAAUUCAAACCAUUCCUGAUGUUUCAAAUUCUGAAAAUGAGGUGAAUAACGAUAAUACGUUAAGUAAAGAUGGUUUUUCUGAAAUAGAAAAACCUGUUAGUGAAAUAGAUGAAAAUGCAAAGGGAUUAUUAAAUGAAGAAAGAACAGAGGGUGAUAAUGUGCUAGUUCAAAAUAAGAUUGAACAUGAUAUACAUAAUACAGAAGUUAUAGAUCAGUUUAAAGACAAAAGAGAUUAUGAAGAAGAUGAAAAAGUUAAUUUUGUGAGAUUACCUGAAAAAAAUGAAGAAGAAAGAAGUGACGUUACAAAGGGAAUUGUUCCUGGUAGUGUUGAGGUAAUUGAAAAAACGUCACAUGAAAUUUUAGAUUCUCAUGAAAUAAAUGAAGAAGAAUUAAAAGUGUCUGAUGAUAUAGAAUAUCCUGUUGGAUCAGAUAUAUCAGGAAUUGAUAGUGAAACUAGUGGUUCAGUUACGAUUUAUCAAAAACCUACAGAUGCUUUUGUAGAAAAUGUAUAUGGAUUAUCACAAGAUCUUAAAUCAAUAUCUGAGAAUGAGAAAAAAAUUAGAAUGAAUGAACCAAAGGAAAAAUUGCAAAAUCUUUUAGGAGGAAUGGUUCAUGUUUUACAAAACAAAAAUAUAGAUGAUGAUCAAUCGGGUAGAUCAUCUAUACCAUUAUAUGAUAAAGAAUUAGUUGGUGAUAAAAAUCAUUUAAAUGAUAAUUCUUAUAAUAAUAAUAUAAAUAAUGAAGUUCAAUGUGAAAAAAAUUGUGGACGAAAAGAAAAUGUUUCAUCAUUUAAUGAUACGGUUACAUUAAAAGAUGUUAAACAAAAUAGGGAAGAUACGGAGGAAACAAAAUUGAUAGAAAAUGAAAAAAUAGAUAAUACAAAAGUAAAAGAUGGAAUUCAUAUGACAUCAUAUAACAAGCCAUCUAAUAUUUUGGUACAUAAUUAUGAUGAUAUUAAAAAGGAAGCAAUAAAAAAUGAAGAAAAAAAAGAUACAGAACAAUCCAAGAAAGAAGAGAAAGAUGUAAAAAAUGAUGAUUCUGAGAAUGAUAAUAAUAAUUUAAGUAAUUAUACAAAAAUUAAGGAAAAUAUUGAAAAGUUUUAUAAAUAUAUAAAAAAUAUAUUGAAUUUAACUGAUAUAAAUAAUGAUAUAGAAAAAAAGGAUAUGCAAAGGUAUAAUUUAAAUAAUUAUACUAAUAUCAAAGGGAAUAUGCUUUUUGAAUAUUCAAAAGAAUCAGACUAUGAUAAGAAUGAAUUAUUUCAAAGAGAAAACAUAUCAGAAUAUCAUAAUAUGAAUAAUAACAAUAAGGAAAGUUCAAAUAUAGAUAAUUAUUAUUAUAGGGAUGUUAAUAAAAUAAGAGAAGAUAUAAUUAAUUUAUCUAAAAAGAAAAAAAAAUGUAUUAAUGAUACAUCAUCUGAAUAUUGUGAAUCUAUAAUAGGUCUUCCUAUUUUAUCAAGUAGCAUUUCUAAGGAUGAGAUAAAAUAUUUAUGUUGCUCUAUUUUAUAUUACUGUUUAAUACAUUUUGAUAACACUACUUCUGAAUAUUAUAAUUGUAUUACAAAUGAAAUUAAUGAUCCAUUUUAUGAAAUUUUUAGAGAAGUAACAAAUAUAUCCUAUUAUAAUGGAAAAUGGCUCUUAAUUUCUGAGAAAGACACAUCAGUAAUGGAUGAAGUUGAUUUUAUGACUGAAAAAAAUAAUGAUGAUUACCAUUUAGAUAGGGAAGAAUUAGAAAAAAACAAUUCUACUUUUUAUUUGUACUAA